AUGCUUAUUGCAAUUGGUUUUCUAGGGGGCACCGACACCGACCGCAUUCACCACCAGCACACACACCCAUCAGCACCGGUGAUGCAUCCCCGCUGCACGGGCACGGACAACUCGUCGUUAGAGUCGUCUCGACUUUAGAAUGGUGAAGAAAUCUCUCAACGGCGGGGUUUACCCAACUCAAGCCGGAGAGAAGAAGCACAAAGUCGGCUUUGUCGGAUUGGACCCAGGGGCUCCUGAAUCCAGCAGGGAUGGGGCGCUGCUCAUUGCGGGCUCGGACAGCACCAAGCGGAACAGCAUCCUCUGCAGACCGAGGUCCAGCAUCUCCGCCGGGAGACCCAGGCAGUCGAAGAAAAAUGCCAGCUAUCGGAAACUACAGAGUUUGCUCUACAAUGCGCUGGAAAGACCGCGGGGAUGGGCGUUCAUCUACCACGCUUAUGUCUUCCUCUUGGUCUUCUCCUGUCUCAUACUUUCAGUCUUCGCCACCAUCAAAGAGUUCAAAAAUAGCUCAGAGAGUGCCUUGUACAUCCUGGAAAUUGUGACCAUCGUGGUGUUUGGAGUGGAGUACAUUGUGAGGAUAUGGGCGGCUGGCUGCUGCUGUCGAUACAGAGGAUGGAGUGGGAGGCUAAAAUUUGCCAGAAAGCCUUUCUGUGUCAUAGACAUCAUGGUGCUGAUAGCCUCAGUAUCCGUACUGGCGGCUGGAUCUCAGGGCAAUGUUUUUGCCACCUCGGCCAUCAGGAGUCUGAGAUUCCUGCAGAUCCUGCGCAUGCUGCGUAUGGACCGCCGUGGAGGCACAUGGAAGCUGCUGGGAUCUGUAGUUUACGCCCACAGCAAGGAGCUCAUCACAGCGUGGUACAUUGGCUUCCUGUGUCUCAUCCUGGCUUCAUUCCUGGUCUACUCUGUGGAAAAGGAGUCAAAUGAGGAGUUUGAGACCUACGCUGAUGCUCUCUGGUGGGGACUGAUCACUCUCACCACCAUUGGUUAUGGUGAUAAGGUUCCUAAGACCUGGAAUGGACGCUUGCUGGCAGCCACAUUCAGCAUGAUCGGGGUGGCCUUCUUCGCACUUCCUGCUGGCAUCCUGGGUUCUGGCUUUGCCCUCAAAGUCCAAGAGCAACACAGGCAGAAACAUUUUGAGAAGAGACGAGACCCUGCAGCAGGCCUCAUCCAGGCUGCUUGGAGGUUUUAUGCUACCAACCUUUCCCGUACAGAUCUACUGUACACAUGGGAUUUUUACGAGCAGACUGUAGCUGUCCCAAUGUACAGACUCAUUCCCCCUCUGAAUCAGCUGGACCUGCUGAGGAAUCUGAAGGGCAAAUCAUUCAGGAAGGAGUCUCAAACAGAAAGCUCUCCCAGUAAUGAAAAUGCACACAAAGACAGACUUUGCGGGUGCUGUCCGAGAACUAUUAGUCGGAAGCCCAGCCUAAAGGACAAGGUGUUUCCCAGUCCUUCCAAGGCUCCCAUGGUAAAGGGGAAAACCCAGUCUCCAGGGGCAGAGGACGGGGCCGAGGCGAGUCCCAGCAAAGACGGCAAGAGCUGGAGCUUCACUGACAAGAACCGAGGGCCAAAGCACGCCUUCAGAGUCCGGGGAAGCACCUCACGCCAAAACUCAGAGGAGGCAAGCCUCCCAGGAGAGGAAAUUGGUGAUGAUAAGAGCUGCCACUGUGAGUUUCUCUCUCAAGAAUUACCACAAGGCUUGAGGGGGACAAUAAGGGCAAUCUGCAUCAUGAAGUUUCUGGUGUCAAAGAGGCGGUUCAAAGAGAGCUUGCGGCCUUAUGAUGUCAUGGAUGUGAUCGAGCAGUACUCUGCAGGUCACCUGGACAUGCUGUCCCGCAUUAAGAACCUGCAGUCCAGAGUUGACCAGAUAGUUGGUAAAGGUCCUAAAGGUGAAGUAGAUGCUGCAGAUGACCAGAGCAUGAUGGGACGUCUGGUCAAAGUGGAAAAACAGGUGAUCUGUAUGGACAGGAAACUAGAUUUCCUGGUCAAUGUGUACGUGCAGCGUAUGGGCAUCCCUCGUUCGGAAACAGAUGCCUUUUUCAGCUCCAAAGAGCCGUAUCCAGCCCCACCUUACCACAGCCCAGAGGAGGUCAAGCAAGAGAAGGAGGGAAAAGAGGAGGUGAAGGAGGAAAAGGAGGUUCUGGUAUGCUCACCUGCAGACCUCCCCUGCUCUGAUGGGUCUUUGGAAAAGAGAGACCCUUUGCUGGGUCGGUCUGUGGCUAUAUCGGUGGGUACUCCCUCUGGCAGCCACAGCCGCCCCUCUACCUCCUGGCAGCACCAGCUGCAGCACCCUCUGAGCCAGCCUGCCUGGAACAGCAGUGUGGCCAACACCCCAUCACCAGUCGGUGGCAGCGGCGAUCAUUCGCCCACCCUGUUCCGCCUCCCCCCUCCACCUGCUAAGGUUCAUGACCGAUCCUACUCCGGCCCAGGCGACAGCUGCAGCGGCAGGGAGAGCGGCUCCCAGAGCAGGAGGCGCCACAGGAGGCACAAAUGUCAGCAGGAUGCCACCGUCGUGGAGAGCGACACGUCUCUGUCCAUCCCGUCUGUUGACCACGAGGAGCUGGAGCGCUCUUUCAGCGGCUUCAGCAUCUCCCAGGCCAAGGAAGACUUCUUUGGGCCGUCUUUCUUUACAGGCUCAGGAGGGGCAGCCGGAGCAGCAACGACUGAUGCCGCAGCUGGACCUUCACUCUGUGCCAGGGUCAGACCCUUCAUAGCAGAGGGAGAAUCAGACACAGACUCUGAGCUUUACGCUCCCUCACCUCUGUCCUUCACCGGAGAGGUCUCAAGUGGAGAGAGGGCAUGGCCGGGACUUAACUAGGUCAGGAAGAACUGCUAUGCCUGGCAGAGAGGCUUGUAGUGCCAUCAGGAGACCUAUCAUGAGACCUUGUAGCCAAACUGACUGACUGUUUGGCUCAUAAUGCUAUUACAGACUAUUCUAGGUUAAAUGUGGAGUCAGCGAUUCUUGAGAAAGAGUGCUGAUACUCAACACCCAAACAAACCCCCCACUGCCUUUCUCUUUUUACAAACAUGGCCUUUCCCCUCUACUGCGCACGAGCAUGAAGGCCCCAUGUUGCUGAUUAGCUGGAAUAUUGUUGUGCCUCUGUUUGUUUUCCAUUUACAGAGCCAGGGCUGUGUAAGCACACCAGGUUGUUGUUUUUUCAGCGCACACACAGAACUGCGGACCGUGAGGAGAACUAAGCUGAAUUUGAAAAAAGUGUAUUGGAUUACAAUCGCUGACUCUACUUUAAAUGAAUAGUUACGAUUAGCAGUGUAGCACUGAAGAUGGUAAACAUGUGUCCUUAUACAAACAAAGGGGUUGUCCUGUAUCGCCUUUUUUGUUGGUUAAGCAAUGAUUGAUUACAGUCGCAUUGCAUCCAUCAAGAUCUUGGUUAAGAAGAACAAAUCGCUGUAUAGGGACAUUUCUUUAACUGAGUUGGGGACAUUUUUGUUGUAUUUAUUAGAGAUGAAAGGUACAUGAGAGUAUAGAUGUGUGAGAGUGAGAUUUAUGACCCUUUAUUUUGACAUUGAUUUGUAUGAAAAAUACAAAAGAAAAUCACCUUCUUUCAUGAAUAGUCUGAGUGUAACUUCUGUUACGCCGACCGUUUUAACAUUCAAAACAUAGUGGGAGUUAGUAAUACAAGAUAUUUAAAAUCUUGGUUAGCAUAGUGUCUUGAUAUCUUCUAUACCUUUGAAUGACUUGAGGUGUUAUGAGGCCAAAACCGUAGCUAUGAUAAUCAAUUAGAUUCUUGCAGAGUAAAAAAAGAAAUGUGCUUGCUUUUCAGCAUCAUUAAUUCAGCCUGUUUACUGAAUACUACAGAAUAACUCCCCUCAAAGUAUUGCAGAUACAAACUUCCACAUCAAUAAAUAAACCGGUGAACCUGCUGCAUGGCAUGUUACUGUAGGUGGAGGAUUUAAGGACUGCGAUAAGCAGGCUACAAAGCCAGACAAACAGUCAGCGGACAAAUUCCAUGAGUGUUUCUCUUCUAUACAGACAAACAGAGAGGUGAAUAAAACAUGAAAAUGUGCAUGCAUGACUGGUUUCGAGCUUCAAUGUGUUUAUUUUUUAAGGGGCUUAUCUUGAUUUCCAAUCUUGAAACGCAGCCCGAGCUUGCUAAUUUCAAUGGCUCUUCUUUUCCGGGCAAAUAUGUCCACAUAUUAUGAACACAUUAAAUACAAAGGAAGAUGCCACAUAUGUAAACAUUAUUGGCUCUAAUGGACAUAAGCUCAUAUAUUUUGUGCUGCAGUGUUGAAAUUGGAAAUCAUAUGGGACACUUGUAACUCGGACAUGAUGGUAAUAAGCCUGCAAUGCAUUGGUCGGCCAUUUAGACCCUCUGAUGCUGUGCCAAUUCUGCACUAAAUGAGGAAAUGCAAUAAAAAUCAAGCAAGGCAAUCAAGAACCAUCCUUUACAAACAAUAACAUGGCCUUAUUUUUCACUCCAAAAUCCAUUGUUUUGUAAGUAAACAUUUCAUAAAAGUAGUGCAAGUGCAUUUUGAAGUGUUAUAAAGUGCAUUCUGUGGCCUGAGAGCAGGUGUGCAGUUUUGCCAUAGAUAAUGCUAAAGCAUGGGAUUCGGAUCUGAAGCAUGAACAGUUCUUAUAAAAACUAACCCAAGUCAUAACAAAUUAACCAUUCUUAAAACACUGAAAACAUCACUUAGUAGAGACUGUUCACACAAGAUACACAAUCCAUUUUUUCUCGAAGAAACAAACCUGCUGGCAUAUUUUCUACAACCCAAAGAAAGGACCUGUAGGGUUUUACAUGACACAGUCACUCUUAGUUUAACACCAUGUAACUGCACCUUCCUCUUCUACAGUAAUAAAACUUUGUA